ACCAUGGCGACAGCGGGUGGCGGCGGUGGCUUCCCCGGGGCGCUGCUGCCGCCGCUGCCGGUGCUGCUGCCCCCACCCGUGGUGCCGCCGGUGCUGCAGCUGGUUUUGCCCCUUUUACCUCUGCUGCUGCCGCUCCUCCCGGUGUUUCUAUCGGUGCUGCCGUCGCUUCUCCCGGUGCCGGUGCUGCUGCUGCCGGUGCUGCCGCCGCUGCUGCCGGUGCUGCCCCUGCUGCUCCCGGGGCUGCCCCGCGCCGCCGCCGAGCAGGUUGUCCUGUUGGACUCGAAGGAAUCGCAAGCGGAACUGGGCUGGACCUCACACCCAUCGAACGGGUGGGAAGAAAUCAGCGGUGUGGAUGAGAAUUACAAACCGAUACGCACGUACCAAGUCUGCAAUGUCAUGGAGCCAAACCAGAACAAUUGGCUGCAGACGGGCUGGAUUGCCCGGCGCGACGGCCAGAGGAUCUUCAUCGAGCUGAAGUUCACCCUGCGGGACUGUAACAGCAUCCCUGGUGUGACGGGUACCUGCAAGGAGACUUUCAAUCUGUACUACGUCGAAUCUGACUCCGAUCUGGGCCAUCGCGUCCGUGAGAGCAAACACACCAAGAUCGACACCAUUGCCGCCGAUGAGAGCUUCACGCAGGGCGACCUGGGUGAGCGGAAGAUGAAGCUGAACACCGAGUUGAGGGAGAUUGGGCACCUGAGCAAGAGAGGCUUCCACUUGGGUUUCCAGGAUGUGGGCGCCUGCGUGGCACUGGUCUCCGUGCGGGUCUAUUACAAGAAGUGCCUCGCCACCGUGCAGAACCUGGCCGUGUUUCCAGACACGGUGGCGGAGGCAGCCUUUGCGACUUUGGUGGAAGUUAAAGGCACUUGUGUUGCUCACGCUGAAGUCGAUGUGGAUAAUCCUCCUCGGAUGCAUUGCAGCGCGGAAGGCGAGUGGUUGGUCCCCAUCGGGAAGUGCACGUGCGGUCCCGGCUUUGAGGAGAAGGACGGAGGUUGCAGAGCUUGUCUUCCUGGAUUUUACAAGCUUUCCCACCGUCUCUCUCUCUGCUCACCUUGCCCUGAGCACAGCUUCACGCAUGAAGAAGCCUCCACGUUCUGUUCGUGCCAGAAGAACUACUCCAGGUCCCCGUCAGACCCACCAUCUGCCUCCUGCACACGUCCACCCUCUGCCCCGAGGAACCUGAUCUACAGCCUGCGACAGUCCUCGUUGGUCCUGGAGUGGAGUGCCCCUGCUGACGCAGGUGGCCGGAGUGACCUGACCUACAGCCUUUGGUGCGGCCGGUGCCCGGCGACUCUGCGGGGACGCUGCGAGCAGUGCGGCAGUGGCAUCGGCUUCGUCCCGCAGCAGACAGGGCUUGUGGACCGGACCGUCACCCUGGUGAAUCUGUUGCCUCAUGUCAACUACACCAUCCGUGUGGCGGCAGUCAACGGCGUCUCGGGCGUCAGCCCGCUCUCGGGGCAGCAGUACGCCGAGGUCAACGUCUCCACCGGCUUUGCAGCACCGACAUCUGUCACCGACAUCCGCACAGAUAAAGUUGAGCAGAAAAGCGUCUCCUUGUCAUGGCAAGAGCCGGGCUUUCUGACCGCCAAUGGCACCGAGUACGAGGUCAAGUACUACGAGAAGGAUCAGAGAGAUCAAAGUUAUUCAACUGUGAAAACCACAUCAACAGCCGUGACGGUCAAUAACCUGAAGCCUGGUACCCUCUAUAUUUUCCAAAUCCGGACAUCUUCCUCACCAGACUAUGGGAACUACAGCCCUAGCGUUGAAGUGGAGACGCUGGCAGAGUUGACAGUGGCUUCCAGUGAGAAGAACCCUGUCCUGAUCAUCGUGGUGGUGGCCAUCGCGGCGUUGAUGGUGCUGGUGUCCAUGGUGAUCGGAGUGAUGGUCUGGAGGAGGCAGUGUGGGUACAGCAAAGCCAGCCAGGAUGGGGACGAGGAGCUGUACUUCCAUUUUAAAAUUCCAACCAGGAGGACCUACAUUGACCCUGACACUUGCGAAGACCCCAUGCAGGCUGUGCACCUCUUUGCCAAAGAGCUGGAUAACGCUAGUAUUAAAAUCGAGAGGAUCAUCGGGACAGGGGAAUUUGGGGAAAUCUGCCGGGGCUGCCUGAAGCUGCCCAGCAAGCGAGAACUGCCGGUGGCCAUCCAGACCCUGCGGGCAGGGUGCUCGGAAAAGCAGCAGCGUUCCUUCCUCGCUGAAGCCUGCACCAUGGGCCAGUUUGACCACUCCAACGUCAUCCGCCUGGAGGGGGUCAUCACCCGCGGGAGUACCAUGAUGAUAGUGACUGAGUACAUGGGAAACGGCGUGCUGGACUCUUUCCUCAGGAAGCACGAGGGACAGUUCACGGCCACCCAGCUCGUCUGCAUGUUGCAGGGGAUUGCCUCUGGCAUGAAGUACCUGGCAGAGAUGGGUUACAUACAUAAAAGCCUUGCUGCCCACAAAGUCCUUGUGAACAACAGCCUGGCUUGCAAAAUAACUGGUUUCAACCGGCCACAAGACGAUAAGAUGGAGACCAUCUUCUCCACCAUGCGUGGGAAGAGCCUGGUGCUGUGGUCGGCCCCCGAAGCCAUCCAGUAUCAGCACUUCAGUCCAGCCAGCGACGUGUGGAGCUUCGGCAUCGUCAUGUGGGAAGUCAUGUCCUAUGGCGAGAGACCCUACUGGGACAUGUCCAACCAGGAUGUGAUGAAGGCCGUGGAGGAUGGGUUCCGCCUGCCUGCCCCGGUGAACUGCCAGCCGCCUCUUCACCAGCUCAUGCUUGACUGCUGGCAGAAGGACCGCAGCCGGAGACCCAAGUUCUCACACAUCCACAACAUCCUGAGCAAGAUGGUGCAGAGCCCGGAGCCGGCGCAGUGCCCCAGCUCCACAUGUACCAGGUCCCACAGCACAUCCAUCCCCCUCACCGAGCGCACCUUCUCAGCCUUCCCGUCUUUCAGCUCUGUGGGCGAGUGGCUGGAAGCGAUAGAAAUGGGCAGGUACAAAGACAACUUCACCGCUGCAGGCUACUGCUACCUGGAGUCGGUGGCCAGGAUGACAGCCCAAGAUGUCCUCAGCCUGGGGAUCACGCUGGCCGAGCAUCAGAAGACCAUCCUGAGUGGGAUCCAGACUCUACGAGCUCAGGUGAUCCAAAUGCAUGGCCGAGGCGUGCAGGUGUGAAGCAGCUCCGCGGAGGUGCAGAGCACUGACCCGGCGCUCCUGGGGAGCAGGCAGCCAGCCAGCCCCAAACCGGACCAAAUCUCUGAGACCUGCUGGUUUCAGGUGGGAUGUAGGAAUCGCCAGGCUGCCAACCAAGUCAUUCCAUGUGGCAAGAGAGCAGGGCCUGUGCCAGGGAAGCCAGGGAUUCCUGGGACAUGUGCGGCGUGCCUGGGUGGACGUGGCUCUCCCCAGCACUGUUUUGUAAGAUGAGUCAAACUGUAAUGAUGCCAUUUCAUAUGGUCGUUAGGUGAACAGGGUGGAUGGACAUUUGUGCACUGUCUUAAUCCAGAGGCGACAGCAUUUGUGUAUCUAGCAUCCUACUGGUGAAAUCCAUGGGUAUUUAUCCAAGCUGACAUGUUUCUAGCAACCCCACAAGGUGCUUUUAUUGCUUUUAUUUUUAGAGCCCAGAGCACAGCUCACACCCAGCACCCAACUUCUGGAAGGUGACUUUCCCCAUCUGCUAUGCUGGAAGGAAACACUUUCCCAGCCGAGUCCCUUCCGUUCCAAGAGUUACUUCAUUGAGUCUUGACGACGCAGGUGGUGAAGAGAAACAAAUAUUCUCCACUAAAGUGCAGAGCGAAUGGUGCUGGAUGUUUCUAGGGCUCUCUUGACAAGAUAAUUUCAGGGGAAGAAAUGAAAAGCUUUGAUGAAGAGAGCCGGAGCCAAGAGAGGGAAGCAGUGGAACCCUUUGGCUGCCCUGCCCUUGCUCUCAGCCUUCACUGCAGGUUGCCGCACCGUUUUUUUUGGCAGGUCCUGGUCCCUCCUUUUACUUCUGGAGCACAGAAGUGGGGCAGGAACAUCGAGACCAGAGCAGCAGCAGGCAGAUCACUGGGCAGAACGAAUACGAGAGCACCUGUUGCUACUUUAGCCUCUCUUCUCUGCUUUCUGCCUUGCAGUUGGGUGGGUAGUGUCUUGUAUUUUGCCUUCCCUGGCUUUGUGGGCAGCUGUGAUGAGCUCUGACUGCUGUCCUGAGGCUGCGGAGUGAAGCAGGCAGAGCAUCGCUGUGUGCCCGCAGCCGCCUGGGGGUUCCCUGCAGUCGCCUAAGCUGGAGCAUCCUUUCUGCUCAGAGCAGUAGGUGGAUAAGGGCUCUUCCUUUUCUUGCUCCAGAAGCUUUUGCAGACGAAAAGGUGUUAGGAACAGCACUUAUUCAACCUGCAGAGGCAGAAAGGGACCUCCCAAUUUAACAAGAAAUGGGGUGAAAACCUGGAAAUUGCUUUGGAGUCAGACAGGGGGCAUGGCUGUGCUUUGAGGGGUUGCUUCCCGUGUAUUCUGGGCCACCUCAGCUGUGAUGAGUGCCCUUCCUCUCCUCCUCUGGCUGGAUUGGGAGCAGGGAAGGGAAAAGCAGCUUUGAAUAUCCUGCUGUGCUGUACCAAGGUAUUAGUUUUCCACCGCAGGUCAACGGCCGGGUCCGUACCCGGGGGCUGCAGCCCCCACGUGCCCCACAGCACCCCGGGUUGGGUGUGGGAAGGAGCUGAAGGGGCUGCACUCCCUGCCAGACACCAAGGUUUGGGCAGAACUGACCGUUGCAUGCGUGGGAUCCCCAAAAAAUCCUGCUGUGCAAUCUGGGGCACAUCAGCACUUUAUUUUGUUGCAGACAGUAGCGUCUGCGCUGGCAGCUCCCACUGAUGCAGGCUUGGUCCCCGGCGGAAGACAUAAAUAGCAUCUGCUUAAUAACACAAGUUUCCUUGAAGUUAGUUAAUUAAAUGGGUCUUUGCAGCCUUGUACAGAGUUUUGUAGGCCUUUUAUUAUAUCUGUAAGUAUUGCAAAUGAAUUAUUAAUGAUGAAAGGCAAAGAUUUACAAAGGGAGUGAAUGCUGUGGGAGAUGUUCACAGUGCGGUUGGAAAUCUCUUCGAGGCAGAUCCUCCUGUCAGCCUGCUCCGAGGGGAUGAGACUCUAAAUGGUGACUGAGCGGAGGGCACUGAGGCAGCCUCUCGUGGGGCUGGAACGGCACCUGCCCUCCCUGGCAUAGCAUCAUAGAAUGAUUUAGGUUAGAAGGGACCUUAAAGAUCAUCCGGUUCCAGCGCCCUUGCCAUGAGCAUCAUCUCUCCCGGCUGAGCAGAGUAGGUGCCGGGGUCUGUCUGGAUCCUGCUGGUCUUCACAGAACUCAUCACCGUAGGGAUUUGUCUUCUGCCUAGUAACGCCUCAGUCGUGGUGGUUUCCUUUUAACUGGCCCUUGGGCUCUUCUGGCUUGGCUUUGUGGCCAAAGCUGGGUCCAGGAUUGCUCCAGACUUUCACGUUUUUCACCCGUUUUAGCUUGAUUGCAUCAGUGUCCAGACUGUCUGCGCUUCCCCAGCCAGUGCUCUCAAGGAGGUCUCAGCUGAUGUUAAUUUAUCGGUUUUCUGCCUUGUGCCAGCGUUCCCCAGCGGUGUCAAGGAGAGCACCGCACGCUCCCGGCCAUCCCUCAGCCUUGGCGGUACAGGCUGGCAGGGAGAAGGCACCUUCCCUUGCACUGGUUUUGAGCACCUGGUAGUGAAGACAGAGAGGAGGGCACAGACAAGGCUGUACAGAGCUUGAAAACCCUCACCCCAUGGCUGUCAUCAGUCUACGGGCACAAACAGAGCUGUCCCUGCAGGAGGCGAGUGCCGCUCUCUGGGUUAAAGCAGCUCUCCUUUCUGCCAUCUCUGCAGUCUGAUCAAGAUUCCCCAAUGUUCCUUGAUUAGGGUUUUUUUUUUUUGGAUGGAAAUAAUCUGUCUUUUAGUUUGGCCCAUGUCUGGUCUGGUUGGUCACUGACCAUCCUGCUGUUUCACGCUCAGAAGAGUAAUAACGGUGAACUGAAACCUUCAUUUGGUAGGAACGCCAGAUCCCAAGGAUCAAGUGCAAUUUGUAUGCUCUUUAUGUUUACAUUUUAUCUAUAGAGAAGUAUAUUAUAGUUCUCUAAGCAAGGAGUUGAACCAACUUGAUUCCAGAUCCUCACUUUCUGUCUGCUGGGCUUUCCAGCAGCCUCCAGCGCUGGGAUGCAGGGAGCGGUACUGGGAGGUCACUGCUGGCUCCAGGUUGGUGCAUCCACUUUGAAGGAGCUCCAGGGCUUAGUGACAUCCAGGGCUCGGUGACAAAGUAAUGGAGCAUUUCGGAGUCGGGGAGACAGACCUGGCGGUGAGCACGCAGCAAUGUGUUCCUCUUGAAUCCCUGUAACAGACCCUGUCUCCAAAGUUUGGAGUGUGGGGAGUGUUUGGCUCUGGGGGCUCUGAGAGCUGCUGGGAUCUGCUCUGCAGUCCCUCUGAACGUUGCCUGGCUGGAGAGAGAAUCAUAAUCACAGAAUAGUUUGGGUUGGAAGGGACCUUAAAGAUCAUCCGGUUCCAACCCCCCUGCCAUGGGAAAGGAUACGUCCCACCGGAUCAGGCUGCUCAAGGUCCAUCCAACCUGGCCUUGAACACCACCAGGGAUGGGGCAGCCACAACUUCCCUGGGCAACCUGUUCCAGGUCUUCACCGCUCUCACGGUGAAGAAAUUCCUCCUUAUGUCCAGUAUAAAUCUGCCCCUCUCCACUUUAUACCCAUUGCUUCACUCCAAGUGAAGAUGAGCCCAUCUUUCAAUCAUUUCUUCAGCGUUUCCCCCGCUGAAUUAAGCUCCCACGCUGCAUUCUCUAGCGCAAUCAGAAUUGGAGGUGUAAUUUCUUUGUCUCUCUAGCUGCUCCCAAAAGAAAUUCAGUGUUUAAUUACUUUUCUGCCUCAGUCCAGUGAGGGACUGGGAUGUGGGGUUUCAGAAAGCUUUUCUGUUGGAUGGUGUGGAUUAAUGGAUGGGACUCAGCAGAAACAGGAGACGUUUGCUUUCCUGGCCUCUCCUUCAAGAAGGAAAAGAAAAAGCACAAAAUGCAAGUACGCAUUCUAGCUUAGCUUUUUUGCAAUGAUAAAUACAUUUAAUUGAGCUCCUCAUCAGCACUGAAGAUAAUAAAAUGAGCAGCUUAACCUAUAGAUUGUUGUUAUAAUUUUAAAAUUACCUUGCAUCCUCUCAGCGCCUCUCUCUGGGGAAGCGUUUGAUGUCUUAUAAUUGAAUUAAUUAGCAACACUGUUUUGAAGCUGCUUGAGCAAGGGAAAUGCCUCAAAAUGCUUUCAGUCUUGUUGCCUGUCCAGCCUUGGAGGCGGUGUGGUGCUCCUUCCUCUUCCCUUGGAUGUGGGAAGCUGUGGUGGCAGUGAUACAGGUAAGGACUCAAGGCUGGUUGGACUUGCCGAGCUUCUCUGCAGCAGCGUAAGCGUUCGUUGACUUGGGGAAGCACCAAGAGCAAGUGGUUUGUGAUCUGCAAGCUUGGCUGGAGCCACUAAGUCCAGAGAGGAUUAGAGGUUAGAUGUUGAGGCAGACUGAAGGCCAGUUGUGGACUAGAGGAGCGGGUCAAGUGAGCGUGUCGGAGCUCAUGUGUGAACAGGACUGAUGGCCAGAGAAGCAACCCUCAUCCCUCAGUGUGUCCCGUCACCUCGUGACUGUAAAGCAGGAAUCAUAGAAUAGUUUGGGUUGGAAGGGACCUUAAAGAUCAUCCAGUUCCACCUCCCACUGGAGGAUACGUCCCACUGGAUCAGCUGCCCAAGGCCCAUCCAACCUGGCCUUGAACCCCUCCAGGGAUGGGGCAGCCACAACUUCCCUGGACAACCUGUUCCAGUGUCUCACCACUCUCUUAGUGAAGAAAUUCCUCUUUAUGUCCAGUCUAAAUCUGCCCCUCUCCAGUUUAUCCCCAUUGCCCCUCGUCAUAUCACUACAAGCCUUUGCGAACAUCCCUCUUCCACUCUUUCCAUCGUGUGUCCUCUGGAAUUGCAACGCAGUGGCGGUGUCUUCCAGCAGUCAAAGGCUGGGUGGUUUUGGGGGGACAGUGACAUGGACCUCACAACCUUUCUUGUGACCUCUGGGAGCCUGAGUAGUGCACCGUGCUGGGAGAGACAGCGUUGGGGUUGGAAUGAUGUCCUUCAGCCAGACUGAAGCUCUGGCCACAGUCCUACUCAGUGUGGGCAGAACACGGGUGGCAUCACCAUCACCGGCAUCCAGCAACGCCCCCGGCAUGAAACCAAAACUGGAAUCAAGUUGGUUCAUCUCCAGAUGCUUUUUGAUAUUCAUUAACCACGUGUUAUAUACUGUAAAUACAUACUUGAGAAGUCAAUAUAUAUUUUUAUAAGCUUGAAACAAAUGUAAUAUAAUAUCAUAAAGGGACACUGUGUGCAUUUCAUGUUUGAACUAUAGUCAGACAUCUCCAGGGAA